GCCAGACGGCAGCAGGCACCUCGGGGAGCUCGGGGAGCCGCCGUGCUCUCUCCCUGAGCUAGGUUUCUAUUGUAGGCGGUGCAUUCCUUGGGAGGGAGGGUGUGUGUGUGGCGGUGCCUUCCCACACUCGGGGCAGCUCUUAUUUAAUGGGGGUCUCCAUGCAGGGCAGACGCCAGAAGAGAUUUUGCCGUUCCCAGUUCCCAUCCAGGAACAGCAGCAGCUCGCACGCCAGGCACUGGCAUGGACCGUGUGUCCGAGAUAACCCUGGAAGAGGAAGCUCCUGGGAUCAGCCAAGCCUCCAGGAUGCACCUCAGGAAGGAUCUGAGGAGGAUACGGUGUGCGGUGCUGCUGUGCCUGCUCUCCAUGCUGCUUCUCAUGAUGCCCACUGUCUACCUGCUGGUUGGAAACCUCAGAGCUCCCAGCUCCUGCGCCAGCCAGGUCACAGAAGAGAGGGGCUCUCGCUUUCUGAAGCAACGGGCAGUAGAUACUGUUACAGAUACACUUUCCAGCACAGAAAAGCCAAGAGCACACCUGACAGUGAAGAAACAAGAUCUCACCAAGCCCAUGGGAAGCCAUCUGCCCAUCCUGCAGUGGGAAGACAAACGAGGCUUGGCCUUUACCAAGAACAACCUGAGCUAUUCCAGCAACGCACUGGUGAUACCCGUGUCUGGGGACUACUAUGUCUAUGCUCAGGUCACUUUCCGAGGGCCCAUUGAAACUUACAGUAAAACAAAUUCUGUCACCGAGAUCAUCACCAAAGUCACUGACAGUUACCCUGAACCCACCCAGCUGCUGACCGGCACCAAGACCCUCAGUGAAAAGGGAAACAGCUGGUUCCAGCCCAUUUAUCUGGGCGCCGUCGUCUCCUUAGAAGUAGGAGACAAGCUAGUGGUCAACGUUAGUGACAUCAAGCUGGUGGAUUACACCAAGGAGCACAAAACAUUUUUUGGUGCCUUUUUGCUGUAGGUCGCUGGCAGCAGCUGGGGAGGGCUUCCCUUCAGGGCUCUGGUGUGACCUUGCUGGACCUUGGCUUUGUGAGCAUGCGUUGGGGUAUGAUUUUCUGUGCUUUUACCCUUCUUCUGUACCGUCACUCCUCUGCAGCUCCCUGCAGCCUUAAAUUAAGGGGUAGGGAGAGCUGAAAGCACAAGCUGAAUUGAAACAAACAGCAGGGGAAAAAAAAAACCAAAACAGAACUAGGAAAAUGAAAGUCAGAUUGGAGGGAAAAGAGCUUUUUUUUUUUUUUAAAGUAAAAACUGAGAGCUCUUCACAACUUUGUAAGCUAGGGAGGAACAGUUUUGUAUCUGUGGGUAGGAAUACUGAUCGUGAAUGUUGCAGCUAGGCUACAUCAUGAAUUCCACCUCCGAGGUACGAUUUCCUCAACUCAAAACAGUGUUUUGGACCUUCUCCAGCACUUCCACUGUAGUUUUGCAUGACUCUUCUUCAGAUUCUCGGUUCUAAAAGGUAUGACUUGUCAUCCUUUCCUUACAAAUAGAUUUGUUCAGUACUUUGCACUAACAUAAAGCUCAGAUUAAUCAUUAACUGCUUAAUUAAUCCCUUCCAACUUUCCUGUAGAUUAAAAUUACAUCAUGUGUUUUGAAGAAGCUACUUGAUUUUUUUUUUCCCCAAGGAACUGUUUACAGUUCUUUAAGUCAAUAUACAGCCUCAAAGCUUUAUGCAAAAUUUCUAGGCAAGACACACACACACUUUCUGUUUCAGCAUGAAAGUGAAAUCCCCCCACCAGGUCUUAACAUUAGGAAAACAGAAAAGACAAGGCAGAGAGAUGCAGCAAAAUUUUCCGCAGUUUUUAAAGCAACCACCAAAAUUUUGAGAGAAAACCUCUGCAAUAUUUUGCUUUCCAUUACAUUUAAUGCAAAACAGGUGCAACUAAAGAAAUCCCUGUCUUGGCACUCCCCCUUGCAGCCAUUGCCAAUGCUGCAGCAGUCCCCCAACCACAAGGAACUCCCCAGCCUUUCCCUGGGUGAAGGCUGGCAACCAGUAGUCCCUACACAAGGUCAAGAGACCCAAAGACAGGACCACGGCAUGGCACAGCCAGGUGUGGAGCUUAAGAACGUUUUGCUUCCCACCUUGCACUUAUUUAUUUUCAUAGACCUUACUGUCUCUCAGGGAAAUUCCCCAGCUUUCCUUCCCCUCCCACAAUAAACACAUCGCUGAUGGUGACUAAGGCCAUGUUCUCAUAGAUUUGGACUUUACACUCUUUGGUGCCAGCAGGUGUCACACCCGAGCACCCACCACCCAGCUGUUCUGCCACAACCAGGCUUCACUCUCUGCAACUCUCUCCUGCCUCACCUCACUGGAUUUCCUUCACUUUCCACCUCUUGGCCAGAAGCACCAGCAAGCCUUGGUUGCCCAGCUAACAUUUCUGCUCAAGGCCACGGUGGAGCCCAGAAGCACACGGUCGGGGGCAGGGCGCACUGAGGCUGGGCGACAUGUCGCCCUGGGGAUGGGGGGUUGUAGCUGAAGAGCUCAAAUGGGCAGAGCUACAAAAGACCGUGUGUGAUGUUGCAGCCCAACCAGCAGUGAGACCAGGCUGCUUCGCCUGCAGCGAGCCUCCUCCUAGCCAGAGUACAUUUAUUGCUGUAUAAAGAUCUGUUUGAGCCAACAGGGAAAGGUCAGUAGCGCGGCUGAAGAGUAGAGAUGGAGAAAGGCCAAGGCAGAUGGGGGGUGAAGGGAGGAGGGGAGCACAGUAGGAGGUGGGAGACCCAGGCAACACCAGGAUCUUUGCCUCUUCAGUAGUGGAAGCACCUUCAUGCUGUCAGCUACCUCAAACUUCACAGGUCUUUUAUGCAGUAAAUCAUCUCAGAAAAGGCAGCCUUUUGGCCGUCCUUCCCUAUUCGGCAGUGCCUGUGUCCCAUAGCAGCUCUCAGUCCUUCACUGUUUUAGCCACCCUGAGACAGCAUUAAACACAUCAUAAAAGCGAGGAGAUUGCCAUCUUGUCCUGCCCUGCUUUCCUCAGGGGGCAUCUUUCUUGCUUCCAGAUUAUCUUUGGGUGUUGGUCCACUGUACAACACUGCUUAUCCAGGAGAUGUUGACAAUGUCCCUGCGCCAAAACCUCAUCACAGUUUGGCUUCACAUCCUUUCUUGGACUUGUCCUUCAUUUUCCCCACAUCUCAGCUGUCCUCUUGAUCCCUUUCUCCCACGAGCACCUUCCUGCCUUCUUGGCCCUUAUACCUAUUAGGUAUAAGGACACCCCUUUGUCCAAAGCUAGUUUUCUACGUGCAACAUCUCCCUUACAGUCACCCUAAUGCACACAGAAAACCACAAAUAGCUCAGGAUGGCAGAAAGUGAAGGUAACGGUCCUGCUAGAAGGUGCAAACACUCUUGGACAAAACAAAUGCCCCUAUUAGCUAGAUUCACUUUCACGUUUAAGUCCCUACUCCUAUGUUUUCUCCACCUGUUCAGCCUUUUCUUUUAAGCUGAAGCUGGCCGAGACAGGAGCAGUUAUUCGUCACAUAUCGGUUGUACUAGCACGUGCGAUCUGGCCUCUUCACUUCUCAGAAAGGGUGUCUGCUCAUUCAGCUCCUUGGCAGGGCUUUUCUUACCACUCAGAAGCCACCACCACCACCACAGUAAAAUCUGGUGAAAUCUUACACUUUUGGCAGCUCAAGACAAGGUUAUUCUCUGGGAAAUCCUAAGACUUCCCAUAUCUCAGAUUGUUUAGUGUUCUCUCCACACUCCAGAGUCCUUCUGAGCUUCUGAUCCUUCAGUGUGUGCCCAGAACAUAAAAACAUGGCGUUUGCAGCUCUUGCAGACCACCACAUAAAGAACUUUAGGUAACUAGCACACGAACAAUGUGAUAAAUCUUAUAAAAGGAAAAUCUAAAAGUGAUGUGUCCAGGGCAGGUGAUUCUAAACAACUAGGAAGGAAAGCUUCUGUGAAGUGUUAUAUAGGAUGGAUUUGAUUUAUCCUUGGAGAAAAUUGAAGUGCAAAUUCUAGCUCUUCUGAGACAGUCACAGAAGUUCAGAAAGCUCUUUAUUUCUACAAAUGAGAUGAUGUAGCAUUCUUCUGAGGCCGUGAUGCAGUCCUGAUAGGCUUGUACAGCAGAUUUCCGUAAAAACUGUAUCUAAAGUCAUCAUCACGUAAUGCUUGGUGCAUUGAAUGAUGGUAAAUACAAGAUCUAGGGGAGCAGAGUGGUGAAUGUGGUAUCUGGUACACAAGGAAAGAACCUUCUAUAGGAUAUACAUACAUACAUACAUAGACAGACAUAUAUUUGUGUAUAUUCAUAGAAGUUCUUGGAAGCCCACUGGCAAUAAUGAGCCUUUUUUACCACAAGGCACAUAAUUUGUGUCCACUGUACACUAAUGAUAAAUUUCACAAGCAAAAUAUCGCCUGCUGCAGCUGUUACAGAUGUAACUCUUGAUCCAUUAUCCGUGGCUCAAAACUAUUUAUUUUAGUCCAUUUAGAGCAAGCUUUUGCACCUCGUUACACACACCAGCUUUUAGCACAUUUAGCACACUAGCACAUUUUAUAUGUCAUAAAGUAAUAUAUCUGGCAUUACUUGUUUUAAAGUGGUGCAGGCACAUUAAUCCACACAUCUACCCUAGUGGAAAUUCUCUCUUCCUCCCUUUUUUUCCCCUCUCAGUGCUAAUAAUGUUUCUGUAAUAGUGACCAGCAAAUAUAAUAAGAACGCAGGGGCUGAUACUGACCCUGUUGUAGAUCAGCUAUUCCUCCACAGAAGGUCAAUGGCAUGAAGUCAGAGCAAAGCCACUUGAGCGAGACAGAGGUCAAGCUUAAAGGGAGCGAUCUCAAGAGUGAACUCAAGCUGUGGAUUCUCAGAUUACUCCAAAGCUGCAUAAGGACAGAAGUGUUCUCAGAAAUCUGUGCUUGAUUUUGAAUUGGACAUUUUUUUAAAGUAAAUCAUUUCUGGAGAUGUGAAAAUGCAUAUGCGUCAGCAUUUUCAAAUGAAUGAGAAGAUGACAAAAUCUGGUCAUGUGAACAAGUGACCUUUCAGUCGGUGGUCAAACUGAAAAUAUGUUUUGUUUUGGGUGGAUGUGAAACUAAAACAGUUAUAAGAAAAAAUCCGAGCUGGAGAAAAAGGGUGAAAUAGACAGCUCAUGCUAAAUGAAUAAGAAAUAUAUCAUUUCAGGCUUUGACCCUUAAGUUUCUUAGGAAGAAGGAAAAAAAAAAAAAAAAGCACUUUUCAGAACAAAACCAUUGAAAGAAAAAGUAACAGAUUUUUUUUAUCUGAUCAAAAUAUUUUAGUUCUUAGUAAUACUCUUCUUCCCUAAUCCCUUUGAUCCCCUCAAAACUAACACUAAAUAUAACCCAAAUACAUGAAAAUGCUCACUUACCUACCGCUUCCCUUCUCCUUUAAAGCUAAGUAUCGGUAAAUAAGCAUUAAUUUUUUCUCCAUAAACUUACAGAAGUAAAUUUAAAGCUGUAAGGAUCACAGCUCAAAUCUUACCAACAUAUAUUUGUGCUGUACUUAGCCCUGAGUACAUGGCUAAAGGGGUAUCGUAAAAGCGAGCUCCGUUUUCCUAUUUGGUGCAUGGCAGGAGUAAAAUCUUCAUUGCUUAAAUUAAAAGCAGCUAAAAUGUUUUACCUGGUUUACCCUCAACUACACAAUUAUAGGAGCAAUCCUCCAAAUCCAGGAGUACUUAUGUGGACCAUCUCCAGCACGUGUAUGUUGGCAGGAUUAGGGUCUAGAGGUGUAAAGCUGGUGGUGUUCCUUAGGAAAAUGCAGCCCAAAUGAUGAAAAGAUGCUGCCGAGGUGGUUCUGGAUGUAGCAGUUCAGUGGGCGUUAGGAAGAGCAGACCCCUGGUACGAGGGGGCACUACCAGGCUACACUGAACUGCUGCACAGAACAAGGAGAAGGGAUGAAAGUAUUCACUUGCAAUUUUCAACAAAGAUAUUUCAGAAUUUCAAAGGAAUCUCAUUCUUCACUUCUGUUUGGUGUAACUGACCACACUGUGCUUUGUUUUAUUAAUGUCCUGAGUGGCCCAUCAUUUCAGAUGGGAAAUGAGGAGAAAAUUCAUUCUUUAGAAGAAUCAGAAAAUGUCAAGAAUUUUUGCCCAGAUCUGGGUACAAAACACCAGUAUAGCAUUUUGCUAUUGUAAGGAAUUUUAUAUAAGUGACUGUAUAUUGUCUUGUGCUUUGGUACCAAUGUGUGUCUUUACCAGUAGAACUGACUUAGCUUCUUGUUUCCAAGUUUUAUGAUAAUAAAACUGCAAGUUAAUGAAUGUGACAACUUCUGAUCCUGGUCCCCUUCCAAAAACACUAACCAAAUAACACACUUUAGAGCCAUCACGCAGCCAGAUAAUGCUGAUGUAUGAGUGACCUAUUUUGUGGCGUGUUAACAUGUGAAUGGCUUAUUUUCUGCACAGUUGAAGGUCCCUCACCAGAGUGAACUGGGGCUUAUACAGCCUUGCUGUAUAUCUAUAUAUAUAUAUAUAUAUAUACACAGUUACCUACAUAUGUAAGUCCCCCAGGGGCAUAUAGAGACUUGCAUUUCAAAAGGCAAAACCGUAAAGGCUGAGCAGAUUUUCAUUUUCAGUCCCUUUUCCCCUCUGCAGCGUGGGGAACAGCUGGUUCCCUCUUUUUGUUAUUUCAUAGUUUAUUUUGAAAAAGCAAGUCCUAUGGAAAAGCAGCGUUCAUCAGAAACUGCAUCACAGCUGUACCCUCAGCCUGCUGAGUCGGGCACCCAUAGCUCCCACCGAGCGCCCAAGGGAGACAGGAACCACAGUGUCACCAUCUGGCCAACAAGCCACGUUGGCCCUGUCCGCAACCACACACAAGAGCACCUUGGCAGCUUGGGAACUGAACGUUUCCGAUUGCUGAGCUCCUGGUUGCCAGGUACCACCCAGCUAGGAAAUCAGGGUCCAAGUCUUGUUGGAAGGCAGCAGAGCUCCAGGCACCCUUACCCUGUUCUAGCUUGAGCUUUGCUGUCCUUACACUUUCAGCAUAAUAAGCAACAUCCACUGGAUACGUAUUUCUUAUCCUGAGCGGUGUUAUCUUCAGUUUCUCUGCUGCCAAGAAUGCAAAUUCUUUCUUUCCACUAGCAGAACUGAGAAACACUCUCCCAUGGGGCAUAUUAUUUUCUAGUUCCAAAAUUUAUUUUGUUUUCCUGGCUUGAACUCAGAGUAGCGUAUUUAAUUUGUUUCAGGAGAGGUUUCUGGUUAAGUGCUCUGGCUCAAGAAAGGUUUUCCCUUGAAAACUCUGACGGAGGGCAUAGGUCUACCUACAGGUUUCCACCCACGUGCAAAUACCUGAGAUGCUUUGUUAGCAGCCUCUGUAGAUCAGCCAAGAGUUAAUUAGACAGCACGAAUCAGACUGCUUUCUCCUGUAACUCCAAAAAUGUUGGUGGUUUUUUGUUUUUUUAAAUCCAAUAGCUACCUCACAUUUAAAAGAAUAGCAAAACAAAAUUAUAAUUUUAUUAUUAUUAUUUUCUAUUUUAACUUGAGCUGAGCAGAAUUCACUUUUUUAUUGCCAUUUUACUGUGCUUUGCACAUACAGGGUAAUAACUUGAGUUAACACCUUCUUUGUGGUCUAAAUACACUGGCACAUACAGUUCCUCCAUGUGAGUGUUUGCCUGCCUUUAAUUAUACAGAAGGUGCCCAUGCUCAAUAGGGUCCCUCUGUAGCGAGGUGGGGGGAAGAGAUGCACAUUUCCAAAAGGCUGCUCAUGCUAGAGAAGGUGGGGAUAACAGAGGUACUUCUCUCCCAGGGCUACAGAGGGAUGUACAUAGUAUUUUUCUAGCUAAAUGCAAGUAAAAUAACAGCAGAAGAGCCUGACUUUCAUACAACGAAGCUGUGGCUCCAUGAAAUUCAUCCCACAGAGCAGGGCACUACCCACGAGAGUUUGAUGUUCCCAGCUCUCAUCUGUCAGCCAAGGUGCCCAGCCACUGCUGGAUCUGCUAGCUGUCAGCUUUGCUUUUGCACUAAGAUCGCUUGUCCAAGCUGGGGGGAAGCUCAAUAUCACAGUUAACGCAUCCAGCUUUGGGAAGAGCUUUGAGUUCACUCUGGCAGGGCACGGAGACUUUGUCUCCUAAGCACCCUGCAGGAUGCAGCAUAAGCUAAGGUGAAGUGGAAGUGAUCUGCGCUCACAGGAAGGUUCCAUGCUAUAAAAAUUUCAGCUCACAGACAGGCAGCUGAAUCGAGGAUGCAUCUUCUAACACACUCAGAAUCUGUCCAACAGGUUCUCAAAGGAAAUGAGGACUCCACUGUUCAGUUUCUUUUUGAGACCCAGUGCCAAAGCUAGCACAGUUCUCUUCAAAAAGUGCAAAAACAGGAGCAAAGUUUGUCAACACUGACAGUUCCAAACUCAUUUUGCCUAUUAUUAUUAUUGCUGAAGCCUUUGGAACAGCAUGAAAGACAUUGCCUGCGAAGUUGUGACCUUGUUUAUUAAGCACCAUAAGCCAGGAGUGUUCAGGGGUUUUGCUGAAUAAUGAACUAAACUAGCUUUCCAGACACUCUCAUUCUUGCGCAAAUCAAGAUAUAUACUUUCAUUGAUUGUAAAGUUUUAUAUUAAAACAUCAAAAAAAGCACUGAAAAAGAUUACUGCAUAUUUAUUGGUACUGUACAUAUA